ACUAUGAAGAAGCCACUCAUCAAUCUCAAAAACAAAGACCCCCAAAAGCUUCGUGGAGUUCAUAAAUGGCGGAAGAUCUAGACAACCAAAUCGACCAAGACUUCUCUCCCCUCCUCCGCAUCUACAAGAGCGGCCGCGUCGAGCGCUUGCUCGGCAGUGAAGUCGUUACCCCCUCCACCGACCCCUCCACCGGCGUCUCCUCCAAAGACCUUCUCAUCGACCCCACCACCGGCCUCUCCGUCCGUCUCUACCUCCCCGCCGGCCACCCACACCCCGACCCCAACCUCCCCCUCCUCAUCUACUUCCAUGGCGGCGCCUUCUGCGUCGAGAGCGCCUCUUCCCCCACAUACCACAACUACCUCAACGCCCUCGUCGCCAGAUCCAACAUCACCGUUGUCUCCGUCGACUACCGCCGCGCACCGGAGCACCCUCUCCCCGCCGCCUACGAUGAUUCCUGGGCCGUGCUUCGCUGGGCCGCUAACCUUGCAGAUUUCAAGCGUGUGUUCCUCGCCGGUGACAGCGCCGGCGCCAACAUUGCGCAUCGGAUGGCGAUGAUGGCCGGAAAUGAAGGUUCAGAUCUGGGAAUGAAAAUCAAAGGUAUGGCUUUAAUUCACUCUUACUUCUGGGGAAGGGAUGCAUUGGAAGGGGAAAGCGAGGAUCUGAAGUUCAGGGAAGGGAUGGAGAGAAUGUGGAGGUUUGUGUGCCCGUCGACGACGGAGGGUACGGACGAUGUGUGGGCGAAUCCACUGAGGGAGCCGGUGGAGAGGCUGGCGAGGUUAGGGUGUCAGAAGGUGAUGGUGUGGGUGGCUGAGAAGGAUAUCUUAAGAACGAGAGGAGUUGCGUACUGUGAAGCGUUGAAGAAGAGUGGUUGGAAUGGAGAUGUGAAGCUUGGGGAGCAUGAAGGACAGGGCCAUUGUUUUCAUCUACUGGAUCCUCAGUCUCAGCAGGCUUUGGAGUUUUUGGAGGAUUUCGGAAAGUUUUUGAAUCAAGAGUAGAUGGACUUUUGGGACUAGGGGUUUUUGGGUUGAGAAUAAAGUUGAAUCUUUGACCAAAAAAAAAAUUGCAUCUUCACUUCCAUAUGCGCAUCUCACAAUUUGUAGGUGUUCUAUUAAAAAAAUGUAUGAUGCGAAUUUUAGAUUGGUGAUUAUUAUCAGGAAGAUGUUUGAGUGUGUGCAUUCUGAAUUUUAAG